CCCAUUUCUAAAUUAUUCAGUGGAAACUUUUGAAAUUCUUUCAAAAUUAGGCUUCCAAUAUGAUUCGAGUGUUACAGCUUUGCGUGAGGAUGCGUCCUGGCCUUAUACUUUAGACAAUGGCCUUGCUCAUGAUUGUACUACAUCAAAUUUCUGUGAUAAAGUAGUACAUCCUGGUUUCUUUGAAAUUCCAAUGGCUGCCAUUAUCGAUGAAGCUAAUGUAGCCCAUUUGAUGGAUCCAUACCUCGAUGCUUCUACCGACACUGUAAAAAAAUGGUUACAAGAUAAUUUUAAUUAUCAUACUCAAAAUGGAAAAACCCCAUUUGGUCUUUAUAUUCACCCUGUUCAACUUAACAUUCCCGGUAGAGAUAAUGCUUCAUUGAUUACGAUGCUUGAAGAAUUUUUAGAUUGGGCAUUAGCUCAACCAAAUGUGUGGUUUGUAACUUCACAACAACUUAUCACCUGGAUGCAAAAUCCUGUUCCCGCAAGUGAACUUAAAGAUUAUGCUCCAUUCAAAUGUCAAGCUCCAAAGAUUGACAAAAAGAUUUGUAAUGGCAUAACUGACGAUGGUCUUUUAGAAACUUGUUCUUUCCCUAAUGGUUCAUGGAGUACAUGUUAUGGUUGUCCAACCAGUGAUAUUACGCUUGAUAAUCCUGUUCCCCCAGGUGGUAAUGGUAGUAGACACAGACUACCAAACAAUUGUGAUACUGUUUGGUGGGAUCCAAUUGGAAAUGCUUGUUUGUGCACUGACUCAUCUUGUGCUUAUGUGGAUACAAGUGUACCAAUUACAAAUUCAACAAACAAUAAUUCUACAGGUUCCAAUAAUUCCAGUCCUACCGGUGACGGAAAAUCUAAUAGCAAUGGUCAAAAAUCUGAUGCUAGUUCAUUAUUAAGUAGCUCUGUUUUAAUGAUAGGAUUAAUGGCUUUGGGUUUACUCCAAUUUUUAUGA